AUGGACGUCCUUAUAAAGUUUGUACGAGCAGAUUAUAUCGGAGAAGCUGAUCUCCAAAACUUGAAGCAAUAUAAGUACGGAGCGAUAGAUAAAUCACCAAUAUCAAAUUAUGUACUGAAGCACUAUUGGAAUUGGGCAAUUGAAUUGUUUCCCAGGUGGAUGGCUCCUAAUUUGAUAACUUUAUGUGGAUUAGGAUUUGUGUUUAUUAACGUCUUAACCGUUAUCUAUUGGAUUAAUGAUUUAGUAGGACCUGGUCCAAAGUGGCUCUACUGGACUUUUCCACUAGGUUUGUGGUUAUAUUCAACAUUUGACAACGUAGAUGGCAAGCAAGCUCGGCGUACCGGAACUUCGUCACCUCUUGGCGAGCUAUUUGAUCACGGGUGUGAUGCUCUUAAUUGCUCCUUUGGCGCUGUGGUUCUUGCUGGCGCCUUAGGUUUAGGACAUACUUAUUAUGCUGUUGCCUUCCUUCUCUUAAUUAUUAUACCUUUUUAUAUGUCCACAUGGGAAGAAUAUCACACUGGU